AUGGACAUUUUUCAUGCGAACACUGAAAGAAGUAGGAUUCACUUUAGACCCUCAUGGCAGUAUUUGGAGCUAUAUUCUGUUCGUGAUCUUCUUAAAGGCAUCAAUCGAGUGAGAUUCACUUUUGGAACCGCUGGUAAUCCAGCGUUUAUACGGAAAGCUCUGGAAAUUCUUCCGCCAGCCAGACAGUACGUUAUAAGCAGUCACUGUUGCCUGGACAAUGAUACUAGACAGAGGUUCUUGACGCGAAACUUGUCCUGGCUUGGUUUCGAUCCUAAUGCUCUUUGGAGAAGUUUCGAGAAUAUUUUGAUAACGAACGCUCAAUAUAUAAACGCAGAUAAGUCAAGCAUACGGCUAGAAUGGAUGAAUCGAUUUUUGAAGAUGUGGAUCAAAGGAUCAAACCGACGACUCAAGUAUCUUCGUAUUGGCGUUGCUCAUCUUUAUAAAGUGGGCGUCUUGAUGAAGGGUAUACGGUACCAGGAGAUGAGAGAAAGGAGACAAUUCAAUAUCAUUCACGUCUAUACAGCUGCCAAUGUUCCUGUAUUUAUAAGUAAGGGAAUCGAGAUUCAUAGAUCCGAUGGAAAAGCAACUGCCACUUUGAAUAUCCGUAAUGAUGAUAUUCUUGAGAUGUUUGUUACUGAUUAG